AUGGCCAUUUUAUGGAUUGCCAUUUAUCUAGUUGGAAAAUUAUAUGUGGCACAAGCUAUGAGUGUUUAUCAGACAAGUACAGUGAUUUCUGCUCAGCUCGGUGAUGCUGUGACUCUUCACUGCUUUUUCCCAGAAGAAACCAGCAAUGACCAGUUAUUUUGGUACAAACAAAGAGUGGGAAACAAGCCUCAAGUUGUGGUGGUGACAAAUCAAGUUAUGAAUCCCUUGUUUUAUAAGGAGUUCGAGGACUCACGUUUCAGAUUAAACAAAACAAAGAAAAGCAUGUCUUUGACAAUCGGAAAAACAGUUCCAUCAGAUGAAGCAAUGUACUUCUGUGCAAAAAGAUCCCUGUAUGAGACUGAGUUUUCUAAUGGAACAUUUCUGGCUGUGAAAGGCGAUCAUCAAUCCAGCUACAUAUCAGUUCAACAAAUUUCGAUGUCUGGGCCAUUUCAUCCAGGAGACUCAGUGACUCUGGAGUGUACAGUACUCACUGAGAGAAGUUCAGCAGAACUCAGUGUGUUUUGGUUCAGACUCACUUCAGAUGAAUCUCGUCCAGUAAUGAUUUACACCUAUAAAAACAGGAGUGAUCAGUGUGAGAGUGGUUCUCCUAGACAGAGCUGUGUCUCCAAUCUCUACAAGAACAACCUCAGCCUCUCCGAUGCUGGUACUUACUACUGUGCUGUGGCCACCCUUGGAAAGAUAGUAAUUGGGGAUGGAGCUAUGCUGGAUAUUGGGCGGCGAGAGUGUCAAAGCGACCGGGAGUUAUUCCUUUUGCUAUGUGAGCCAAUGUCUUUAAACGGCGAAGAGCGGCACGGUGAGGAGCAGCGUGGGGAGGAGCAGCGUGGGGAGGAGCGGCGCGGCGCGGCCGCUUUGGGUGUCAAAAUACAGUUGAAGCCCAGUUAA